AUGCUGCAUCCAGCCACUGUGGCUCUGCUGAUGGACAGCAACUUGUUAAGCUGCAAUGACUUGUUUGUGCUUGAUCAGAUAUCAGUGUUCUAAUUACCUGUCUGAAGGAGAAGUGUUGGGAAAAGUCUCAUACAGCCUUAGGGAGAGAUAAUAAAGCAACUGGCUGGCUGUGACCUUGGGAGCAGUCUCUUGACUGGUAGGCCACUUUGUUUUGUAAAAACACCUGUAACUACCUAUUUGCUAAAACCACAAAAAAUAUGACACCUGAUACUGAUGUUAAGGAAUUGCCAUGUAUCAAUAAACUUGAGAGGAGGGGCUUCCUGGCCUUGGCUCUUCAAUCUCCACUUGUCAUUGGUGUGUUUCUCCUCAGAGAACCUUACCUGAAGGUAACGAUUUCAACAUGAGGCUGUUUCUGCAAACGUGGAAGAAAAUACUGAUUGCCGAUGUGUUGUGUUUGCCCCGGAUGUGUGUACACAGGAGAGACGUAUAAUCUGCCCCUGAUGUCACUAUCUGGACUUGUAACUUUGGAUCUGCGUGUUGUCAGUGGAACAGGUCACCUGUCCUGGUUACCUUUGUGUCAAAGACUGCGUAGUGUUGUCUGCCGUCCCUGGUCUCUGUCCUUUCCCUUGCAAAGCUUUGGCUGGCUGCACCUCUUUACUCUCCUGGGGUCUCUUAAAUUAUUAACUCCCCUCCUUCAUACUCUCUGUGUUUUUGAGGACUUUCUGUACCGUCCAAUUAAUUAUAAGCUAGUUUCUAGAAAUUAGAGGAAACCAAGUCAGCAGAACCCAGUGAAACCUUCGAGCAAUAGGGCUGGGGCCCAGGAACUGUUUUGCCUCUGAAGGAGGAUGUUAUGUGACUGUGACGCUCGCUGGCACUUGAUAUUUUUAGAGACUUUUUUUUUAGCAAAGUAAAUUCAAAAUUAAACAGCAUACUUUGCUGCUCCUUGUAUGGCUGCAUCUUUCCAUCCUUUGGGAGGUACGUUCUGGAGCUGAUGUAGUAAAUCAGUGAUGAAGCAGAUGCCUAGAAGAGUAGAAAUGACUUGGAAAGGUUAGUGUUGGAAUGGCAGGGUAUGGAAACUGGUAACUCGUGAGGUUUAAAGAAGAACCAAAUCCUAUAAAUAAAAUGAAAAUGAGUUGGCAGCUUCCUUGAUGACAAGAACAGUGAGCUGUGAAGGUAGACAAACCCAGAUACUGCUCCCUUUAGCAGAGGAUAUCGGCCAGACUGGCUCUACAUCACCCAAAAAUGGCUUCAUUGGCAGAAUUGGUGUCUGGUAGAAGUAUCAGGGAGGAGUGACCUUAUUUGGUGCUCUGUGCCCUGUCCUUGGUUUGAUCAGGAAUAGACAGUGCUAAUGAGGGAUGUACUAUCCGUAGCUCAUGCCUGAAGCCCUGGGCUGGGUGUGCUGCCCACAGGGGCUGGGAGAGCAGGACUAGCUCUGUGUGUGCUGAGACUUGGGCAGUGACCCCAUGCUAAUGUCCCAGAAGUGCUGAUCCCUGCAGCCUUGGAGAGCUGCCUGGCUUUUGAGUACUUCCAGCUUUACCAGGAUUUUUUUAGGUGAAAUCUAAAAACUUCUUAAUGCUUGUUUAAGCUCCCUUUGUCAUUAUAACCUGAAUUGCUGGUAUAAACUUCAUUCGUAAUCUGUCUCUCCUUCUUAGCUUGCUGUCCUGUAAUUAAUACCCUGCUUAAAAUCAGCUUUAACCUCAUUAGCUUUCUCCUUUCCUAUGACGUAGGUAGUAGGGCUUUUUUUCCUAAAAUGUGCCGAUUUUUGCCUUUUGUCUCUAGCUGCCAACUCCAAACAGAGUUCCUUAGGAAAAUCUGCAUCAUGUUGGCAUAGCAACUGAGCUGCCAAGCAGCUAUAAUAGUGAUGCUUGGCAACUCGUGGGAAGGACUGCUGAGGAUCUUGAGGCUUUGUGGAGCAAAUCUGAGUUAGAUUUGUUCACUUAGUACCUGUUGCUGGGGGGGAGCUGCUCUGCUCGCCUCGGUCAGGCUGCUGAAGGUGUUUGGUGCUGCUCAGUGGGGGGGAUGUAGCACUGGGGCGCUGCUUGCAGUGAGAGUGGUGGGAAGGCUGGGGUGUGCUGUUGGCAUGCAUGCAGUGAGCUGCUGCAGCUGAUCUUUAAGAGGAUCUGGAAUCCCUGAGAAGAUCUUGUUUUCGUGUGGAGAGACGUCAGCAGGGAGUAGGUUAAGCCCGGUUAGGUAACGUGGCAGCGGUGCCAUGGUUGGUGAGGUGCCCAAGGGAGGGCAGAGGAGACUGUAGGCCACAACUCUCAAGGGUACUGAGUCCCUGUGGGUCAUGAUCCAUUAAGCUUUAAAAAAAAAAAAAUCCUUGACAUAAAGCCCCAGAUUAAAUAUUCCCAGUUUGUGUGAUUGACAUGCAGCUCCACAAACAACUCAUUACAGACCUUGGCUUUGCUUUAAAGAACAAAAUACCACGGCAAAGACGUAAGAGCCCCCUGUGCAUGAGGGCCUGAGGAGGGGAGUGCUGGUUGGACUUUGCUCUGCCAAGCAGGCUGUUUGAACACAGCAAACACCAGAAAAUGUUGUUGUGUCCGCAGUGGUGGCGAAAGCUGUUAUCUGGGCUGGCUUGAACCAGUUCAGCAAACACAGUGUUACUUCUGGUGCAGACAGGAUUAGAGUUUGGGUUAUGGGCUAUGGCUUCCUGCAUCUUCUUUGUGUGAUAGCUUCUCUCUGAUAAAUAUCAAGACUAUAACUUUAUUUUACAAUUCACAUUAGCAAUCAAUAAUUCUGUCCCGAGUGGCGUUCUUGCACUCUGGUACUCUCUCUGGUGAGCUUGGUAUUAUCCCGUACAUCAAACUCCACUAAAUGCUCAGAAACCUGUAAUUAUAUCUGCAUUAAAUGGUGCUUGUGCCACGCUCCCUCCAGCCUGGCUUGCUCCUAAUGAGACCUCAGGAACUCGCUUGCAAAGCAGUUAAAUUGUCAAGGGUAGAAGCUGGAAAAUGUUGUUCUGCCCGUGCCACUUCUCUUAGCACAGAUCUGACUGCAAUGUUUAAUUGUGGUCGGAAGAGGAGGGAAAAUAUUAAGCUGGUGUAACUGCUGUGUGGAUGCUUAGCUAGGAGGCUUAGAAACAGCUGGGGCUGUUUUGAAGCCCGCCCUUGAUUUGGGUGAUUUUCUGUGUAUUUGGCACAAUGACAAACCUCCACAGGCUUUAUUGCUGCUGUGUUAGUAACACUGGAGUGCUGCAGAGGGGAGAGAUCUUGAUGUGCAGGGGUUGCCUGUUCCUAGCUGACACAAGUCGUUUUAGGAGAACUUGCAACAAAGCCAAUCAACUCUGGUACAGCAAAGUAACCUUGUAAAAGUGGAAUUUCAAGACUGUUGCUUAAGCUGGAUAUCCUAAACGUGUAUGAAGGCAGUAAGUGGCUGGCAUCCUGGUGUUACUGUGUUUUAGAAGAACUUUCUGGAAGACAAUGAGAGUUCUCCUGUGUUGCAUGGUGGGAAAGGUUAUGAUCAAGACUGAUCCUUACUGUGCUGCCUGUGUAAAUCCCCACAGAGGCGAGAACAGGAUCAGGAAAGACUGAUGGGGAUGUAAGGAACAGCAAGUGAAUGUCCUGGCCCUUGGCCAAAGCCUCUUGAGCUAAGAGGGACACCCAGUAAGAGUUAACUGGUGGUGAGUGUGAUGUAAGGGUUCUGUGUUAAUGGGAGUCAGGUGUUGAGCAAUGGGAGCACCUCACGUGGCUGCUCUGUGUCAGAUGGGUGGGACUGUACAGCCCCGGCUUCCCUUUUAAGUAGAAGGGCAGGGCUUGUGCAGCCAAUCCCGCCGGAGCCAGCCUCGCUCAUAGGCAUGUGUCAUGAGACUUGCUGGUAUUUCCUUUCCACUACGCACUGAAAUUAGCUGAGGGGAAUCAUUCAGUUUUACUUCCCUUCCUUCCCGGUGGGUCUGAGCAGGGCAGCUGAGUCUGGGGCUCAGAAAGAUGCUCUGCCUCUGUCUGUACGUGCCGGUGCUCGGGGAGACGGAGUUUGAAUACUUUGAGUCGAAGGGGCUGCCGGCCGAACUCAAAUCCAUCUUCCGCCUCAGCCUCUUCAUUCCUUCCCAGGAGUUCUCCACCUACCGCCAGUGGAAGCAGAAAAUUGUGAAGGCUGGAGACAAGGACCUGGAUGGACAGCUGGAUUUUGAGGAAUUUGUUCACUAUCUCCAAGACCACGAAAAGAAGCUGAGACUGGUCUUCAAGAGUUUGGAUAAAAAGAAUGAUGGCCGCAUCGACGCCCAGGAGAUUGUACAGUCCCUGCGGGACCUGGGAGUCAAGAUCUCUGAACAGCAGGCUGAGAAAAUACUCAAGAGAAUAAGGACGGGACACUUCUGGGGUCCUGUCACCUACAUGGAUAAAAAUGGGACAAUGACAAUUGAUUGGAAUGAGUGGCGAGACUAUCACCUGCUGCACCCAGUGGAGAACAUUCCUGAAAUCAUCCUGUACUGGAAGCACUCCACGAUCUUUGAUGUAGGAGAGAACUUGACUGUCCCUGAUGAGUUCACAGUGGAAGAGAGGCAGACAGGGAUGUGGUGGAGACAUCUGGUUGCAGGUGGAGGUGCAGGUGCCGUGUCCAGAACCUGUACAGCUCCCUUGGACCGCUUGAAAGUGCUCAUGCAGGUCCAUGCCUCCCGCAGUAACAACAUGUGCAUCAUCGGCGGGUUCACUCAGAUGAUCCGGGAGGGUGGUCCCAGGUCACUGUGGCGAGGGAACGGCAUCAACGUGCUCAAGAUCGCACCCGAAUCGGCCAUCAAGUUCAUGGCCUAUGAGCAGAUCAAGCGGUUCAUUGGUACUGACCAGGAGAUGCUGAGGAUCCACGAGCGGCUCUUGGCUGGUUCUCUGGCUGGGGCCAUUGCACAGAGCAGCAUCUACCCCAUGGAGGUUCUGAAAACACGGAUGGCUCUAAGGAAGACAGGACAAUAUUCGGGCAUGUUGGACUGUGCCAAAAACAUCCUUACAAAGGAAGGAAUGUCUGCCUUCUACAAAGGCUACAUCCCCAACAUGCUGGGAAUCAUUCCAUAUGCUGGUAUUGACCUGGCAGUCUAUGAGACACUAAAGAAUACCUGGUUGCAACGCUAUGCCGUCAACAGUGCCGACCCCGGGGUCUUCGUCCUGCUGGCCUGUGGCACCAUCUCCAGUACCUGUGGACAGCUUGCCAGUUACCCACUGGCUCUCGUGAGGACACGCAUGCAGGCCCAAGCUUCAGUGGAGGGUGCUCCCGAGGUGACAAUGAGGGGACUGUUCAAACACAUCCUGAAGACAGAGGGAGCGUUUGGGCUUUACCGGGGUCUGGCGCCGAACUUUAUGAAGGUGAUCCCAGCUGUGAGCAUCAGCUAUGUGGUGUAUGAGAACUUGAAGAUGACUCUGGGCGUGGAUUCACGGUGACCAGGAGAUGCUGAGGACUUUGAACUCUGAAAUCUUGGGAUGCAAUCCCAAGACGUAUAAGCCAUCUCUCAUUCUGUGAAUGUGUCGACACUAAGCUGACUAAGCAAAGCUGUGAAAUCCCAGAUUGUUUGUGAGUCAGUAAGGGGGAGGGGAGGAUCUGGUGUCCUUUGCCAUCUUGCUACUCAGAGCUCCACAUAAACCAUCACGUGGUCCUUUUUGUUGGGCCUUUGGGAGACCAGGAGGUGAACUCCUGAGAGAAUCUUAGGGCAGGAGUUGCUGAGGUCAGUUCCCAGCAGUAUGACAGAGUAGCAAAGAUCUGGGUUACAGGUCUGCCCUCAGCCUGUUGCCUGUACAGAGCUGUUUGCCUACAGAUGAGCACCUUCUGACUUGCUGAAAGAGCUUCUUUUUCCAUUCAGACAGCUGCUUUUUCCAUUCAGUUGUUUAACUUCCUACCCAUUGUUUAAAUUUGUACAAACCUUGUGUAGGAGCUGCUGCCACACCGGGCUUGUUAUAAUGUUUACAAAUAUUCCUUUGGGUAGGAGACAUUCAUGUUCUGCUUCCAAGACUUGACAUGAAAUGUAAUUUUGAUCUAUACUGGUUUGGAGGGCUGGUGGGCAGUGGUUUAUCCAGUCAGGCUGAAGGUUGCUUAAGCCAGCCUGAUGAAGAAUUAGAAUUAUUUAUUUUUUAUAGGUUUAAGUGUGUCUCAUAAACCCACUAACAAGAUGCACUUACUAACAAGAAGCAGCAGACUAGAGCCUGCAUGCCUGUAUCCUUUGCAUGCCGGGAUUGGCUUGUCUUAUACUCAGCAGGGGCUUGGGAAGGGGAAGACAGGAGAGCCCUGGGCUGACCGGCACCGUGAUGCAUGGCUUUAGUGAACAAACACAAUAUUUCACAGCUCCUGUGCAGUUGUGCUCCCAGCACGACGUGAGAGCCCCUGUGCAGCGUUGCAUGGACCUCUCGAUUCCAUUCUGCCUGGUGCCAAGGAGAGCUGUUGGGCCUUUUCCAAACCCCGUGCCUACGCUGCUAUUUCUCUCUUUAGACCUCUUGGUAGAUGGAUGUUCAGGUUUCCAUGGGUGCCCCAAGUCAGGAAUGUCCGCUGUGGGAAGGGGUGUUAGGGAGAGGGGCUGGUUGUCACUGGGAGAGGUGGGCUUUCAGUCCUGAAGACAUGCUUGCUCGUCUUUCAAAGGGUGCUUUUCAUAAGGCUAAGGGAAAGAGAUGGCUUUAAAAUUUCUCUGAUUGCAUUAUGGGCUGCUUUAGUUAAUAGGAUCCGACUUCUGAGGCCUGGAAGAUCCUCAUUCAACUUUUCAUUUUGGGCAAAAUGGACCAGCGUUGCAUUCCACUGUUUUACUGCUUAAAGCAUAUUUAUUUUGUAUUUAUUUGAACAGAGUUAUGUCAGACUAUUUUUAUAGACUUGUUUAAAUAUUGUUACUGUGCUUAUAUUUCUCCUGUUUUAAAAAGUUCUCUAUUAGUUCUCUCACAUCACACAGCUGAGUCGUGGGGAGGGACGCUAAAGUCACUCGUGUACCUUCCCUGUGGGGCUUGAGCUGCCUUUCCCACAUCUGGGGUUGUUGCUGGAGGACCUCAGCCCAGAGAAAUUCUGUAGCAAGAAGCCAUAGGAGAGAAGGGAGCAGGUGAGGAAGCAGAAGCCUGGGGAGAGGGUGCACUGUGAGGCUUGCCUUAGUUUGGAAUUGCCUCUGUGCGUGGCUGAAAGGCUUUGGGUGGAUGGUUGAAGUUGGGAAGUAGAAGGUCUGUGUAUGUUGGAUGUCACAACAGCUAAUUAAGAGCAAUUUGGGGAAUUUUUAGGUGAGGGGGGAGGAGAGAAAUCUCAGGGACUAAAGACAGUACACAUUUCCAGAGAGGUGGAAGGAAACUUGCACUUGGACAUGAGCUGAAUCAGUGCUUUGAGGCUGAAUCAGAAGACCCUGCUGCUGAGUGAGUGCUCACCACAUGCAGGAGGACACUGUGGAGAUGUGUAUGAGAAACUGGAGAAGGAUUUGCUAGCACUCAGCAGCUGCUUUUUUUUGGACAGAUUUUGGUGGUUCAUGGAGAGUCUCCUAGGUGAGGCUCUGCCUUAACUCUCAGUGCUGUCAAUAGCAGCCACUUGGAAAUCUAACCAAUCUGGAUUAGUGAUGAUUUUUUUCCACCCCCCUCUUCCUGAGACCUGUCAUAAAUUCUGCAGUGGCUCCUUCCUACCAGUGUGGCCUAAUGAGAAUAUGAAUAUCAGAAUGCAAAAAUCAAUGCAAAAUGACAACCAUCUUUGUAGCUGUAACCACAAAUUGUUAUAAUGCAAAUCUAACUCGGAUUCUUCAUGUAGGGAACAGUCUGCUAAUAAAGGUCUGUUAAAGAGAAA